AUGGCAACAGAGGCCACAUUGGGCUACUUCUUCUUGGAUAACGUUGGCAAGAACUAUGUAUACCGUGGUAGAGUGAGGCGGCAGAAGAAAGUCAAUCAUGUUCGUGAUAAAUUGACUAAAGAAGACAAACAGAACAUGAAAUAUUCAGACUUUGAACCCGUAUAUAAAAUGUGGUGUGAGUACUAUUCGGAUUUGGCUGGACCCUCAACGAAAGAGGGAGAUGAUCGUCUUUUGAAGGCUGAUUAUCACGGAGCUCUAUUCUACAUCGCUGAUGCUGACAAUAAUACGAUGGUUGGAAAGCAUGGAAUUGUUUGUUUGGAAACGAGAUACACGUUCCAAAUAAUCACAGAAGAAAAUAAAUAUUUAGUUAUACCCAAACAAGGCAGUACAUUCCAGUUUAUUUUAAAGAAUAGAGUUUUCACAAUUUUCGGCGAUGCUCUAAAAUACCGCCCUUCCCUCAGAGGGAAACGACAGCGCCUACGCUCUGCCUUGCCUUUCUUGUUGAGAUAG